AGCUUUCAGAGGGCUGUUUUCUACAUUUGCUGGACGUUGUUGCCGGACGAUCUAGCUAAGUCGACCUCGCGGGAGCUCCAGCCGCUUGAGUUUCUUCAUAACAUUGCAUAUAUACAUCUGAACCCUGCGGAUCAGUGUAUGAAAAUUUUGGAACGGAAGCUUGGCAUUGAAUUGAUUAGAACUUUUAUAAAAAAGAGGUUCAUGAACCAUGAACCCGCCAAGGUUUUCGGACCAGAGACUUGCGAUCCACGACCCUCUUGUGCCCUCUGAGCAAUUUCCUGCGAUUGCAGGCGGCUUUCAAACAACAACUGUGAUUCAAGACUCACUAGAAUAUCUUCCCCUUUCAAGGUCCCUGAAAGACGGCGAUAUACUAUUGCUCCUGACCCCGGCAGUCGCUCCCCAUCAUACCACCUCCGAAACCGGCCACUCGACCAGUGACCCCUUCGAACCGCUCGGAAAGGCCCUAGCAAAGAAACACCCGUGGGUUCGGCAGGUUCCUUAUAUCCCUAGGAAUGGGAUCACUGGGACUCAUGUCGUGCACAUCAGGCUGGCCAAAUCCGUUGUGUUCGUUAUCUCAGGUCCGCCUUGCUUUGGUCAACCUCCGCAGGUCUCACUGGCUAAGACGGUACGCUCACUAUGUGAGAACCGACCGCUGAUUGUGUUGGCAUGUUGCAACGUCAAGUGGCUAGGCCCCCUUGAGAGCUCAUUCCCAACAGUCAUUCAGAGUUCUGGCUUUACCCCUCGGGAGCUCGAAGCAGCAGCCCGUGUCAUGGUUGAGAAUGUCAAGCAGCCAUAUACAGCGGGGCCAAAUGUCCAAAAUCUUAUCUUAGCACCCAAAUCAUGGCAAGUGGAGGCAUGGAACGAGCACCGCGAUGUCGCCCCAGCUUAUGAACUGUGGUGCCAGUGUUUUCCCGACAAUUUUCGGCUUAGUCGGUUUUCAUUCCAGUCCCUUCUCUGCCGCGAUGGCUACGCGAUGCACUACGUGGUUCGCGAGCCAGGGACUACCCAGCUACUGGGAUUCUGUGCUACAUAUACCACAUAUAUUGGCAGCGACUCGGAAAGAUUGGUUGGCUCUCUAGCCGCUCUGUUUGUUCGACCGUCUUACCGUCAAAGGGGUAUUGGACUAAGUUUGCAUGAUCACGCUUCACGCCAACUAAGGAAAACCCGUGGAGUUUGCCGUCUACAUCUCGGAAGCACAUUUCCACGUUUAUUCUAUGGAAUUCCCAUGGAAAGCCCUUCAGAGGACUGGUUCUCUCGCCGUAACUGGCCCGUUAAGCCUCAGUCCAGCUUACCAGGCGCUGGUCUGGAAACGUGCGACUGGUUGCUUGUGUUUGACGACUGGCCAACAACAAGAACAAGUCCAACAACAACACUGAUGAACUCGGAACUAAUAUUCCGAUCGUGUGAAUUCAGCGAGUACCACAUGGUUAUGGAGAUAGUGGAGAGGGAAUCGAGGGAGAAGGACAAUAUGGGAUGGUACGAUCAAUACGCGAAAUUGGAAGGCACGAUGAAUAUCGAGGAUAUUGUGCUGGGUCUUGAAGGACGAACCAUUGUGGCAGUGGCCUUGACGUACGUCAAGAAUACGGGAAGUCCCGUUUUUGAGGAUUUACCGUGGGCCGGAAUGAUUUCAGACAAUGUCGGCGGAGUAACAUGCAUCUGCAUUUCAGACCAAAACCCUGGUGUGGCCAAGGGAAGAGAUGCCAUCAUGCUCAGGCUUCUUGAUAGUUGCGUUCACAGAUUCGCCCAACAAGGGUUGAAAAAAAUGUUCAUUGACGCAAUGAGAGGAAACGAUGAAGGAUUUCAGUCCAUGGGGUUCCAAAAGUGGGCGAGAUACAGAGAAGUCUGGCGAGAUGUUUAACGCACCUGCGACCUCCGGGAUACAAUCUCACGUUCAUUUGUCAACGGGGAUCUAAUAUCGUCUUCUGAGGGAGUACCAUGGUGACUAAUUCGCCAUGCCACUUGUUAAAAGUGACAUCAAGGUCUUUGGGACAUAUGGUCGAU